CCAUAUUGCAUUUAUAAGUAUGUCUUAUGGCAGAAAGUCUUCCGUGUUCAUUUUUUAUUUUACAUAUGUGUGUAAAUCAAGUUAUGUGAAAGUUUUAGUCAAUGCAUGCUUGGAAGAUGACUCGUGAGACGGACGGAAAAAUAUGUUGGUUUCAACUUCAGAAAUAGAGAGUGACAAGCAAAAGCGGUAUAGAAGGAGGUGAAGAAACAAGAUGAGUGCAAAGAAAGUGUCCCUUCCAUCCAAUCACGUGGAACUCUAUGUCAAAUCAGGCUGGGAUGGGCAGAGCUAUGGUGCCUGUCCAUUUUGCCAACGUUUCUACAUGAUCCUUGACCUUAAAGCUCAAGAAGGGACCUUGACCUUCAAGGUCAUCACUGUGAACCCAGCACGACCAACUGCUGAUGUUAAAAGCUAUGCUCACAAGCUCCCUGUCCUCAAACAUGGAGAUGAAGUGAUCAUGGAUUCAGAUGAAAUGGUCCAGUACAUCGACGACAACUUCCCCUACCCAGAUUUGCGCUACACAAACAGAAAGGCCCAUACUGUCUGCCUGGACGUUUUCUCCAAGUUCAACUUCUUCAUCAAGAAUGUCAGCACACUUCGGGAACCUCUUCUUAAGGAGCUUCACCAAAUCGACAGUUUCAUGAAGACCGCAGGUACUAACUUUUUGUGUGGCGAUGAACUUACUCAUUUGGAUUGCCUGAUGCUGCCUAAGCUCCACCAUGCACGAGUGGCAUCAGAAGCCUUCAAAGAUUUCGAAAUCCCAUCGAAUAUGACAGGAUUGUUGCAUUUGCUGAGGAGUGCGUACUCCAACGAAACGUUCCGCAAGACGUGCCCCUCCGAUCAGGAAAUCGUGCAUCAUUGGAGUACCAAAGGGGAAACAACUCCUCUUCCUAAGUCUAAGCAGCGAUUCUACAUGUUAGAAGGAACCCCCGUAUACUCUAUGGAUGUCGGGCAGGCCAAUGGGAAUGGUUGUACAGUUCUGUAGUAGUCACAUCCAGUCACACAUUGCUAGACCCAGUCACAGAGUGUCAAAUCAUGUUCCUUGUGUUGUAGUUCUGUGUAACUCGUGGCACUGCAACAACCAUUGAUGUCAUUGAAAAGCCCUUCCAACAGAGAGCUCGAAAAGUUUUGAAUAUUAUGUAAUGUGUUUGUAUCAUUUAAAAUGUAUGCACAACAAUGGCAGGGAGAUCAAACCAAACACUGUAAACAUCAUGAUAUGGGUGAUGAAAGGAAGUCAGUAGUCUGCCAUCAUGAUUAGAAGGACCAUGAUCAGAAAUAAAAAAUUCUAGUCUGAACAGUUCUACAUAGUCCUUCGUAAUUUUCUUUAUUAUUAUAAUAAUUAUUAUUAUUAUAUAUUUUGUUCCACUUUCUUUUUUACAAGUCAUUGGACAUGAACACACAUUGUCAAAAUCUGAUAAGGAUAAAUUGCACUUGUUAUGUCUUAUGCCUGAAAUGGGCAUGUUUCAAUUUUGAUGUCGGAUGUUAGUCUUUAAGUGCCAAAGUUGCCAGUGUUGGUGCCAUUGUUUUGUUUGUUUAUCCAGUGUAUGUAGUGAUCCUGUAUGUAGAGCUAGACAAGCAGUAUUAUCUGAGUACAUAGUACUAGUGUAGUACCCUACCAUGUUCUAUAUCACUUCACAUUUUACGAUAUUGCAACAUCACCAGCACAUUAAUGUGUCACAUGAUCACACUGACCAGUGGGGAGUAAGUCUCACAAGUUGAUAUAUGUUCUUUGAGAGGUAUUUUAGAAGUUGGAUAGAUGAAGGAAACCCAAGUUCUAUGGAUAGUCAAGUUCUUUAUUGCAAUGGGUGUUAGUACCUACACCGAAACGUCGCACCCAUUGCAAUAAAGAAGUUGACUAUCCAUAGAACUUGGGUUUCCUUCAAGUUGAUAAAUGGAAUAUCAGCAUUGGCACUAUAGUUAACCAGGGAAUAAGAGGGACAAGGUAACAUUGUCUCCUGGUGUAUAACAGAUAUUAUCCUUUUAAAUAGUAAGUUGCUGUAUUCAGAAGUCCAAUAAGCGCUGACUACCUCCGGACCAAUUCGUAAGUAAUUUUUGUUAGUGCCCCUACCUUCAGUUGACACUUUACGUGAAAGUCUAUCAUGAUUGGUCAGCUGGUAGAAUUUGUUUAAAUUUAUAAUGUCAAGAUUAAAAUUUGUGGAUGUUAAAGCGUUGUGAAGUUUUAACAGAUCUCAAGUCUUUGUGGUGAAUAUUUCAUGGAACCAUGCUGGUUGUGUAUCGUGAUCAUUUCUCUAUAUCUUAUCUGUGCGUUUUGCACUAAUGAUAAACCCCUGAUAUUGCCCACGUUGAAUAUAUGAAUAUAUGAAUUCUGUCAUGUCGACUGUAGGUUAGCAUGAAUCAAAUAUUAGAUCUUCAUUCAGAUGUUCCCACAAUGUGAUUAAGGAAGCCUCUUAUUUUCUAUAAUUUGGUAUCUUAAACAAGCUACUUAAGGCAAGUUUGGACACUACCAGUACAAAGUUUGGUAACUGAUGUUUGUGAGGUCGUUCAUUGUACAUGCGUGUCAUCGACUGUGCGUUGUAAAGAGCCAAUGCUGGUCAUGUCCUCACAUUAAUGUGCUGUGUAUACACUUGCACAUUUUUACUGUGUGUCAUUAUUAUCCUAGCAUGGUGAUCAACAUUGUUUUGACUUAAUCUUAAAGAAGUCCAGUUAAGUUUAAACCGUCCAUGACUUUACCCAGAAUCCUCUGUGCCUUUCCUUGUUGCCUCCAGUCCCAGAUUGCCUACAUUACUGUCAGAUGUCAUAAUGAUGUCUUGUUAUUUUACUGAAAUGUUUACAAGUAUGAAGUCCCCAUGUAAAUAUAUUUUGUUCAGUUGUUAUGAUUUAUUUUUCUGGAAUUACAUGUUGAAAGUAAUUGGAUCCAUUUUUCAAACAUAUUAGAAAUUUCAAUAAGAAAGGAAACAAAUUCCCAUCGUAAAGGCUAUUAUUAGCUGUAUCUGUUUGUGACAUGAAAAGGAAAUCUUAUUCUGCAGCGAACUUGUUAAGAAGUAAGACCUUUAGUAGAUUGAUGUGAAUAUUUCUAAAGCAACUAAUGUUAUCUUCUAAGUCUUUUUUACUCAUAUCUCCAGUCAAGUGUCAUUCUCGUUGGAAUAGAGAUAGUUAAAUUGAUUACCUAUAGCAUUUUGUAACUCUGUAAAGCAAUAGGUGUUUGAUGCUCCUUGCUUUAUCUGCCUCUGUUCACCAUAUAAUAAGAUUGCCUACUUCUAACCUUCUGGAGAAACAUGCAGUGUGUGUUUACCAAUUUCCAAAGGUAUAAAGGGUACCAUAGACAUUUCUCAAAAAGAAAUCAACAUCAUAUGUAAUAUUAGACAUGUCCCAAAAGUACAAGUUUGGUUCCUAUGAAAACAAAAAGGGUUGUGCUUCAUUCUUAUGUGUAUUUAGGAACACAAUACAACUAGUCCCAGGUAAUGAUCCAGAAAUCACUGCAAUAUGGUACCUGUACAUUUUAGACAAGAAAACCUAAUACUCUACCUUGUGAUGCCUUGUGAUCAAGAUUGUGUUAGUUAUUGUUAGAACUUGAGAUUCAUGUAGUACUCUUAACUAAAACGCUGAGCGCAUAGCUGUUUAAGGUGGCUUGAUACUGGUCUGUAGUGGAUUGUGGAAUAUUUAUUUAGACAAGUUAUUCAAUGUCACUAUUUCUAGUGUUAGCUAAUUAUUUCUUGGCUUUUUUAUAACAAGGGGGAGUGGUUCUUUAUCCUCUUAUAUAGAAUGGUUUGGUAAAAUACUCAGAUUGUUUGAUAUUUAUAUUCCUGAAAAUGGCAUACUUCAGAUAGAACAAUUCUGCUUGCUGAAAUCAAAGUCAUUAUUUUGAAGAAUUCAUUCGUGUCAUCUGUACUGAAAUGAAAAUAACCUGAUAAUGUAUACAUGUAUCAAAUCAGGAAGUUGUUUAAAUUCAAUAGCAAAUUGGAAAGUGAAAUUAGGUGUGGAGUAGUUGUUAAGGAAAUAGGUUCACAGUUUGUAGCCAAGGUGAAUCCUGGACUGUGUGUCAUGCUAUCAUGACAUCAUAUUAGCAAUAUCGCAGCCAAAUAGUGACGACACUGUAGGAUGAGCUAUUGUCCCAGCCAUGUCAUAACACUGGACCAAGUGCCCCACACGUGUAAUAA